UCUCAUUCUCUCAAGGGCCAGGUAAGGUGCCUUGGGUUACCUUGGGGGUGGGAUAAAAGGUGUUGGCAUCAGUGACUGGGAGCCAGAGGAGUCACAGGUGUCACAGCAUCAACAACACCAGCAGAUACCUACAUCAACUCCUUACCUUCGUCAGCCACAGGCAUGAAGCGCUGUGUCCCAUCCUUCUCCCUGCGGGGGAUGCCCCUGGUGCUGUUAAUAUCGUUGGUGUGUGUGGUGGGCGUGAUGGGUAUGCCUCAGGACAGUUCUACUGAGACGGAUGAUGACUACAAUGACCCAGGAGCACCUCUGGAUGACGAUACCAACACCUCAGGAGACGGCGAGGAUGGGGCCAGACACAAGCGACACUAUCCUGUCAAAUUCUGCCGUGGUGUGCCCCCUUACUCACCCUUCUGGACCCCUGGGCUGGACCACUGGUGUAAGGUGAACUGUGCUAAGGGCAACUGUAACUACAAGCGCUGUGUGUGCUAACUACAAGCCCAUCCUAUCCUUGUUUCAGUGAUCACACGUUGUGUUUCCUAGCUUCCUGCCCAUCCCAUCUUUGUUUCAGUCAUGGACUCAACUUACCUAGCGUUCUGACAACAUACAUUAGUACUAAUAAGUGAAAUUUCACACUAUCGGGGACCCCAACAUGAAUAAAUCAACUUUUAGUUUAUCGGCUUAUCGUAGGUUAAUUGUUUAUGUAAGUUACUACAGAAGAUAACUGUUAAAACUCUAAACUUGUGUACUGACCCUCAAUAAAAACCUAUUAGCUUA